UGAUUUUUUUUUUCUUCUUUCUAGUCACACCACUGACCACCAGCGGCGGCAACUACCUACACUUCCAUCAUCCCCUUUCCCCCUCAGAUGGAGGAGGCACUACCGUUAGGAUUCAACGAAGUUCCAGAAUUCGAAGACGAUUCAAAAUCACCAUCAUCAUCAAAUUCUCGAAAAUUAGUUCCAUGGUUAAACUGGAACGAAUGGCUUUUCGUUAGAGACUCUCUCUUCUCCGAUUCUCCCAACUCAUUUUCCGAUGCUCUUAAACGCAUUUCCGUGUGGCGAACUCGAGGUUGCUUGCCCGAACUCAUUGAUAUUACUGCUAUCUUCCUUGAAAUUCAGCACAUGGACCCCUUUUUUAGACAGGAUCUAUCAAAUGAUGGUUCUGUUUCAGAGCAAAUUCUCAUCAAUCUGUAUUCCGUAGCGAGUAUGAGGAUUGUGAAUGCUGUUGCGAAGAACGCUGAGAAGUCGCGGAAGAAAGAAUAUACGACAAUAGCGGCGGCUGCUGACGAAAAAGGCCUUCCACGCAUGCUGGUUGAUAUUCGUCACGAGGUAUCACAUCGUGGGCUUCCAUCUCUCAAGCUUGCUCGUAUUUCCUCAAUUAAGGCACUUGAUUGGUUAAAAUCUAAUUAUUGGGAACCUCAGAGCAAAGCAAUUCCUUUUCACGGUGAAGACAAUGCAAACAUCAAAAAAGAAAUCAAGACUAUGAUUCGUGAAUUAGCAAUCUGUUUGAAAGUUGGCGGGAGUCCCGAGUCUAGUACCUUACUUCUCAAGGGAAAACCUCCCAAGAAACCGAUUAAAAGGAUCUUGAAAUCUCUUCUUCGGUUAUAUUCCUCCUUCUCUUCAGAAGUUGUGUCGGUGCUGUUGGAUUAUUUGUUGAAAACAUCAAGUUCCUCAGAGUUCAAAAAGAAAACGGGUGAUGCUUCUGCUGGUCCCACCAUAGAUAAUGUUUUGGCUGAUUGGAAGCCUGUCAUACUCAGAUUGUAUAAUAAAGAACCAGAAUUAUUUCUGAACCUCCUUGAGGAAGUUCUUCAUAGGAUUGAAGCUCGGGAAGAUAUGAAGUGUGAAGAAGAUAACCCAAGUAUUGGGAUUGCAUACUCAAAGAAAGAGUUUCAUCGAAGUUCUUAUCUUUCUUCUUUGUUUGCAUGGCUUGUUCGAAUUCUUGGCAAAACAUCUUCUAAUGCAGCAAAUAUGCCGAAGAGGGUUUUGCAUGAACUUGUUCGUAAAUGUCUUCUAAUAUCACAUCUCUGCGACAAGCAGGUCAUGGAUUCAGCUCUUCAUCUCGCACAACUGAUAUAUGACAGAUCUUUGUUGCAGAAAGUUCAAUUGCUCUCUGGUCUUGUUUUGUCGAAUGUUUUUGACAAUGCAGACGAUCAAAGCUCUUUAUUGUCGCCGAUGAAUGUUUCCCAAUUCGAGGAAUCAAUGCGUGAAGCAUAUAAAAAGCUUGACUUUGUUAAACAACAGAUAAUGAGAAAUAAAAAGUCAAGUGAAAUGAAUUGUGAGACUGAAGAAACAGAGGUAUGGGCUUUGGCAAAGUCAUGGAACCCAUGUCCAUUGGCAUGUUGCCUCGGGUUGUUGGUUCAUCUGGUUGCCUUCCCGUUCUUGAUGUUAUCGAUAACGAAGAACACAAUCAAGCAUCAGAAAGGAAAGAGAAUUGGAAACUGAUCAAACAUAGUGCCAAGCGAGAUGCCCCUUCAGAUAUUCAGCUACUCGAUAACUCAACUGUUAAGAAAAUGAGGGAGACUGAAGAAUUUGGUGAAUUAAAUGAUGAAUCUUCAAUGGAAGAGGAUGAAUCUCCAACGGACGAGGGGAAAG